AUGUCCGUCACUUCUCCACGAACUAUUUUCGACAGUCAAGAUAUGAAAAGACGUUUACAUGAAAUUCUGCAUGAGAAUCUCCAUGACAAACGGUACGAUUCGAAUCAAUGUAGUUCAUUAAGUAAAGACUUGGCAAAUCGGAUCAAAGACGCGUUGAAAAGAUUCGGUUACGAACGGUAUAAAUUCGUUAUACAAGUUCUCAUUUGUCAAGAAUAUAAUGAAAACAUACAAAUGAAUUGUCGAGCUUAUUGGGAUUCGGAAACGGACAGAUUAGCACAAACCAUUUAUAUGAAUCAAUUUCUGAUAUGCAUAGCGACUGCAUUUGCGGUGUAUUACUAUUGA